CGCCCCCUCCCCGCCCCAUGGCCCGCCCACUUCCGGCCUUCGCGGGGGCCCGCAAUCAGUGCGCCCGCCCGCUGCUGUCCGCUGGCCGAGGUUUGUUUCCUCGCAUUUUCUUCCUCAGGUCCCGAAUCACCUCCAGUCACCCUCCCCCUGCAUGGAUUUGUCGUUCUAUGAGACGUCGAGGGGCACUCCUAUGAGAGGCUCGCUUCGCGCGCCCGCUUAACGAUUUGGCGCGGUUAAUGGCGCGCGCCCCGCGUAGUGGGGGCCUCCGCCCUCCGGCUCUGCGCCCUCGCGUCACUGAGGCCACUAGGCUUGGCUCCUCCCCUUUCCCCGAACACCCCCUCCAUGCUACCCCCCUCCCCCAGCGGAGGCUGGUCCCGCCCGUUACACCCGCCUCCGGCCCGCGCCUCGCGCGUUCCACCCGUUCCGGCCCCCCCUUUGCUCCCUUCGUGGUCCGGACGCUCGCUCGGGGGCCGGGGCUGAGACCCCCGCUUCACUGGGACCCCCGCCUUCGCUCAGCUCUCGCUCGGGACCAUGACCUCUGAGGUGGCGCGGCACCUGCUCUAUCAGUCUCACAUGCCAACAAAAACAACUUGUCUGUCCUCACAAGUAUCUGAUGAUGAACAGAAACAAAAAAAAGAAAAUAUUCGUUCUUUAACUAUGUCUGGCCAUGUUGGUUUUGAGAGUUUGCCUGAUCAACUGGUCAAUAGAUCCAUUCAGCAAGGCUUCUGUUUUAAUAUUCUCUGUGUGGGGGAGACUGGAAUUGGAAAAUCAACGCUGAUUGACACAUUGUUUAACACUAAUUUUGAAGACCAUGGAUCUUCACAUUUUUACCCACAUGUUAGACUUAAAGCCCAGACAUAUGAACUCCAUGAAAGUAAUGUUCGAUUGAAAUUGACCAUUGUGAAUACAGUAGGAUUUGGUGACCAAAUAAACAAAGAAGAGAGCUACCAACCGAUAGUUGACUACAUAGAUGCUCAGUUUGAGGCCUAUCUCCAAGAGGAGCUGAAGAUCAAGCGCUCUCUCUUUAACUACCACGAUUCUCGCAUCCAUGUGUGCCUCUACUUCAUCUCCCCUACAGGUCACUCUCUGAAGACACUGGAUCUCUUAACAAUGAAGAGCCUUGACAGCAAGGUGAACAUUAUACCAGUGAUUGCCAAAGCAGAUGCAAUUUCUAAAGCUGAAUUACAGAAGUUUAAGAUCAAGCUCAUGAGUGAAUUGGUUAGCAACGGUGUUCAGAUAUAUCAGUUUCCAACAGACGAUGAAACUAUUGCUAAAAUCAAUGCUUCAAUGAAUGGACAUUUGCCGUUUGCUGUUGUAGGAAGUAUGGAUGAGGUAAAAGUUGGAAAUAAGAUGGUCAAAGCUCGCCAGUACCCUUGGGGUGUUGUACAAGUGGAAAAUGAAAACCACUGUGACUUUGUAAAGCUCCGAGAAAUGCUCAUUUGUACAAACAUGGAAGAUCUGCGAGAACAGACCCACACUAGGCAUUAUGAACUUUACAGGCGUUGCAAACUGGAGGAAAUGGGCUUUACAGAUGUGAGCCCAGAGAAUAAGCCACUCAGUCUUCAAGAAACCUAUGAAGCCAAAAGACAUGAAUUUUAUGGUGAACGUCAGAGGAAGGAAGAAGAAAUGAAGCAGAUGUUUGUGCAGCGAGUAAAGGAGAAAGAAGCCAUAUUGAAAGAAGCUGAAAGAGAGCUGCAAGCCAAAUUUGAACACCUUAAAAGAGUUCACCAAGAAGAGAGAAUGAAGCUUGAAGAGAAGAGAAGACUCUUGGAAGAAGAAAUAAGUGCUUUCUCAAAAAAGAAAGCUACCUCAGAGAUAUACCAGAACCAGUCCUACAUGGCAUCGGGCAGCAACCUGAAGAAGGACAAGGACCGUAAGAAGGAACCAGGCUAUCGAUUCGAACUCCUGUGCUUUGAUGUCAGAGCUUGUGAAACCAAUGGUGGACGUAAAGAUGCAGAGGAAGCUCCAAUUUUAUGUAAAACAAAGGUUCCAGAUCACAGAAGGUCAUCACAAGCAAAAAUUAUUAAAAUGUUAGAAGUAUACUUUGAUUUUCUUGCUGUUUUUAUUUGCUGUAUCAUUUAUUCUAUAUCUGGCAAAUGGCUGUAGUUACUGCCAUUUAUGGAAAAAUAUUUUUAAGUAUAAGGUUAAUACAUAAGCCACAGUGGAUGAGACCACUUUUAUAUUCACUGUUGUUAGAAGUUUUCAAGUUGCUGGUUUGUGAUGAAUAUAAAUCAUUUCUCCUGUUGCUCAGUUAUUGUCCCUUACAUGCAUUGUACCACAGAGCAAAGUGUCAAUGCCAUUGAAAAUACAGAAGUCAUUCAUUAUAUGGCUAUCUGAUUGCAUUUAUAUUCCAAGAUGAACUCCUUUUUUGUACAUACUAAAGGUAAAUUUUGGGAAAUAUGUUUUAAAAUGUAUUAUGUACCUGAAGGUCUAACCUCUUAAUAGUUUCAUAGAACCUUUUUUUAGUUUUUGAUACCAUUAUCCAAUUGGUAACAUGAUCCUAAGCUUUUGUAUCAAAUUAUGUAACAUGGCCUUCCACAGUUCAGUGUGCCUUAUUGUGGUUGAUGUAUUGUUGUGAUGAAACAAGAUGUGUGUAAAAGUAAAAACAUCUAGGUAUAAAUCAUCUAGUGAUGAGUACCUUUGAACCUGAGGUAUUGCCACUCUAUUUCAUUAGAAUGUUUUACAUUCUUGUUGUUUAAAACUCUGUUUUCCAGGGGAAAAAUCAUAAGGUAGAAUCAUCUUAUUAAAAAUAUUUCUUAAGAAAAUAACUGUGAGCAAUUGAAUAUUAAAGAUGAAAAUUUAGAUAAUCCAUAUAUUAAGGGAUAUUUGAAUUCAGUGCCUUUGUAGCAUUCUUAGAACAAUUUAAUGCCUUCUAAUUUUUUCUUAACAGUCAUUGGUAUAUAAAUUUUCAUUUUUUGUACUUGAAUACCCUAAAUAAAAUUGACACUUACUCUUGACAAAUAA